AUGGCUUUAUGGAAUCAAAGAAAUUUAAAAGCACCCGUUCCUAUGAAUGAUCUUUGCAAAUCGAAGGGCAUCGAGGAAGAAAUUCGUGCUGCUACUAAAACCUGUGCAAACAUGCUAAACUACUACGCAACAUUAACCACAUUCGAAACGGCCGUAGCGUUUCAUUCGCGCUUCUGCACGCGCUUUAAAAAUCGACUGCGCAACAUGUACGGCUUUCAAAUGAUGCGCCGACUGAAUCAAAUACUGAUACGCAUCAAGAGUAUGGAUCUGGUACGCGUUAUAAUGGAUUUGCACAGUUUCUUCCCGGAGUCGAACUAUAUCGAACGACAGGUGAAUCUGCCAGUGCGUUCCAACCUGGAGUAUCUGCUCGUGCGAAUGCAGGGACUGGUUAAGCUGUUGUUGCGUGUCGUUUACCUUACAAAGGAAGCCGCACGCUAUCAUUUGAAGCAAAUAGCGAUAGGCUUUUUGUACCACAUGUUUUCCAUGGCUCUUGGGUUGAUGGGUGAGCUGUGGCUGUUUGCCCGUGCGGUCUGCAGACGGACGGUACAGUUUUACAAUGAAUUGUAUCCGGCGCUAGAUAUUCUACCCAAAACGCACAAAAGGUGGCUACCGGAUGGGUACGAACUGCCGGCUAAUCUAGCGGACUGGCUCGGAGAAGAGUACGAGCGUGAAGUUCUGUACAUUUGCGAAAGUAACGAUAUACUAGAGUUGGGUGUAAAUUCCUCCAUUUUUACUCUACUUAAGCAACACUCCAAAGAUGAUGUUGAAAACGUCCUAACCCGCAUGGAAACGGUGGCUGAAACGAAUGGGAAAGAAAAACUAAAACAACCAUCGUUUAGUUCGGUGCCGAAAACGUUGCUACUGCAAAGCUUACGUUCGGAUACUGGAGAGAAAGUAACGAGGAUGGAAAAGCCGGCUGUGAAAGAGUUCGACACUAACCGACUGAAUUAUAUAAGGUCAAAGUUUCAUGUACAACAGUUUCUUACCCAGGAACGUAAAAAACGGACGGAAAGGCCAUCGGAAGCGAUUACCAGCGGUAUUUCUGAGCUCGACUUUGGAGACUUUAAUGUAAAGUUGAUGAGAAACUUUAACCAGCUAUCGUCGGUGGAUUUUGUAAAUCAUUUUAAGCAACAAUUCAUGGAGUUGCUUAAAAUGUCGCAUUAA